UCAUCCCGCCGCGAGAUGGCGCAACUAGUUUGAGAAAUAACGUCAUGACGUAUCGUUGACUGGCGAAUUUCGGUUAUAUUUCCGUGGGACAUGGCUUUUUGUUCAAUGUGCAGCUAAACUAAUCGCUUUCGAGUACUUGAUAACAACCUACUAUUAAAACUGGUAACAACAAUGUCGCUUUAUGAUGACCUCGGCGUGGGUGCGAGCGACACCAAAACCGAAGGAUGGUCCAAAAACUUCAAGCUGUUGCAGUCUCAGCUGAAGGUGAAAAAGGCAGCGUUGACCCAAGCUAAGACUCAUCGGACAAAGCAGACUACGGUUUUGGCUCCAGUCAUCGAUUUAAAACGAGGAGGUCCCAGUGAAGACAGGCAAAUCCCAGACACUCCUCCCCAUGUCGCGACUGGAAUCAAGGAGCCCGCGCCCUCAGGAUUCUCCGCCGGAGAUGUGCUGAUCCCGCUCGCCGACGAGUACGACCCCAUGUUUCCAAAUGACUAUGAGAAAGUGAUGAAGCGGCACAGGGAGGAUCGACAGCGGCAGAGAGAGCAGGAGCGCCAGAAGGAGAUGGAGGAUAGAGAAAAAAAAAGAAAAGACAGGCACGAAGGAGGAGCGCCGAGUGGCUUCUCCAGAUUCCCCACAGCGGAGGAGGACUCUGAUGAGGAGGAGGAUUACGAGAAGGAGCGGCGGAAACGAAGUAUGGGCGGUGCUGCUAUUGCACCGCCUUCGUCGCUGGUGGACAGAGAUGGCUCAUCCGGAUACUCGUACGAGGAUGAAGGUCGUCCCACCAGAGGUGCAAAGGCCGCCAUUCCCCCGCCCAUGUACGAGGAGUCGGACCGCUCGCGUUCACCGCCCUUACCGACCAGUUCCUUCCUGGCCAACAUGGGGGGUACCGUCGCCCACAAAAUCAUGCAGAAAUACGGCUUCAAGGAGGGCCAAGGCCUGGGCAAGCACGAGCAGGGCCUGAGCACGGCUCUGUCUGUGGAGAAGACAAGCAAACGGGGUGGAAAGAUCAUCAUCGGGGAUGCGCUGGAAAAACCAGGGACCCUGCCGCCAGUUGCCCCCGAGACCCCCGGAGGAGCAGCCGAUGGCAAGAAGUCUGACGCGAACCCGCUCACAGAAAUCCUGAAAUCCCCUACCAAAGUGGUCCUCCUGAGGAACAUGGUGGGACGAGGAGAGGUGGACGAUGACCUGGAAGGAGAGACCAAAGAAGAGUGCGAGAAAUAUGGAAAAGUGAUUAAAUGCGUCAUUUUUGAGAUUGCUGAAGUUCCCGACGAUGAAGCAGUCAGGAUAUUUCUGGAGUUUGAAAGGGUGGAGUCGGCCAUUAAAGCCGUGGUGGACCUGAACGGACGGUAUUUUGGCGGGCGAGUCGUCAAAGCCUGCUUCUACAAUCAAGACAAAUUUCGUGUUUUCAACCUGGGAGAGUAGUCAUUUUCUGUCAUGUUUUGUACAUACAUCUAUUUUGUGUAUCGCUGUGUAGGUUUUUUUUUGUUUUGUUUUGUUCAAAACCUGAAUACAAAAUGGUAACGAAUUAAAUGGUUGAAAUUCAAAGUCC